AUGGAUACUGCGAAAGCACCCCGUGUCACAGAGUCUUCCGGGCAACACCUGCGGCGCGAAGACAUGCCGCCUGUUUCACAAGUCCCCGAGGUUCAAAACCCUGUCGAGGCUCCAUCCUCAGUCCCAGCUGAAGGAAAUGCUGGUAACAAAGCAAAAAAACACGCCUUCAAACGAAUCUGGAGCAAAGUCAAAGGUCGAAUAUGUCCAAAAAGUCCAAGAAAUGAGGAAAGACACUUCCGUCUACGUACUGUACGACAAUUACCUCCAGCCCACCAGCGUGGACCAUCAGAUCCGUCAGGUUUUGUAAAUUUGGGGAGACAAGAUCCCAGAGCUCGCGAUCCAAAAGUGGUGAAAUACCCUGAUUCAGGCCCGGACCGCUGUGUCAUGUGCAAUAAGCUACUCCAUGACUUGACCAGCGAUUUUGACAGCUGGAAGCGCUGUGAGACUCGAGUCUAUCUUCCUUGCGGUCAUCCAUUUGGCCACCGUUGUUUGCACAGUUACCUGACCGAACGUCUAAGGUCUCGAACUCCAGAGAGUGAUGCUAUCAUUGUUGGAGGGGAGCAUUACUGUCCAAUGGGGGGCUGUAUCCCCAUUCGACACGAGUGUGACCACCUUGCUAUUCCAACAUUCGAACUUCCGGAACCCAGGUACGAGGACCAAGAGAGCCAAAUUAUACCGCGAGAAUGUGGCUUUUGUUCAUCUGAUCCAUGCGCCAAAAGGAGGAUCAACCGUAAGGAAGAAUAUUCCAAGAAAAUGAUCCCAUCGCUAUUGCCAAGGCAACAUACCUAUCUACCAGAGAGUAUGAUUUCUCGUGCUAGAAAGGCCUAG